AUGGAAAACAUAACUAGUCAGCGUGGUAAAGGCGGCGAUCAAGUUUCUUCACGGUCAGGGAACACUCUUCCUGGUCCUGUUGUAGCAAUUUUGGAGGAAGUCUACAAGAAACACAAUCUUGGUCCAAUAAAUGACGAGACGAGGCAGAGACUGUCUUCGGUUUCUGAGGAGUUGGCUUCUGAGACGCUCAGCAAAGUCUUAAACUCCAAGCAUGUGAAGACGACCCACGAUAGAUUCAUCAACUUUUUGCUUGACCAGGCCACUAAUGGCUCUCCACAGUCUCCUGCUGCAAGACACCGCAUUCGUCUCCGAGAAGAGAUAGACUCUGAAACUCCUUCUCCCAAGUGUAUGAAAAUAGAAAGCUAUGGAGGAUCUCUGCACGUUCCUCCUGAGAUCUUAGCUUUGGGUGAGCUUGAGUUUAAGAAGGCGUUUCUUUUGCUUAGCUACAUUCCAGGGAAAUCUCUGGCUCAGGUUAUAACUGCUGAUGAGAUCAGACAGUGGAAGGAUUUGCAUAUGGUUGCAUUUGAAGAAGUGGUCUGGGACCGCUUCGGCCGGCUUUAUUGUUCCCAAACAGACCGUAGAUUGUCACUUGAAUGGGAUAGUGGGAAGACUCAUUACUAUCAGUGUCAUGUUGCGUUGGACGGAAGUUACACACUCAAGGGCCCUCUUCUUGAACCCACUGGAACACACCUGCACAAGGUCUUGGGUGAUGAUAAUGUUUUGACGGUCAAAUUUGCAGAUGUCCCUAAAAACUCGUCAACCUAUAGUAAUGAUCCUUACUCUGCAUACAAAAGGAUCGCUAAGAAUGGUAUCAUGAUUGGGUUACGCUGUUAUCAAUUUUUUGUUUUCAAAGUCGGAGGGAAAGAAGAAAAGAAGAGAGACUUUUCUACUAACGGAGUGAAAUGCUACUUCAUACGCACAGACUCUACAUCUUCCAAUAAUAUGGGAAGUCCCUAUAUCUUCUCCGGGAAGUCAAUCCAUGAAGCUCGUAUGCAUUUUAUGCAUGUGAACACAUUGCAAACUCAGGCCAAAUAUAUGGCAAGGUUUUCUUUAAUUCUUUCAAAGACUAAGAAGCUUGAAGUUGACAUGACUGAGAUUAACUUUGAAGAAAUAGAUGAUAUACACUGUCAGGGUGAGAAUGGUAAAGAUGUUCAUGAUAAGAAUGGGAAACUUUGUAUACAUUCAGAUGGCACUGGCUACAUCUCUGAGGACCUUGCUCGGAUGUGUCCAGUAAAUAUAUUUAAAGGAAAAUGCCUGAGGAGUGAUACUGCUCAGCCUCUUCUGAUUCAGUCCCGGAUGUUUUAUGAUGGCUUUGCUGUUAAGGGAACUUUUCUAUUAAACAAGAAACUUCCUCCUAGGACUGUACAAGUUCGACCUUCUAUGAUCAAGGUUUGUAAAGAUCCAGACUUGCCAAAUUCUAGCACUUUUGACUCCUUGGAGGUAGUCACUACAAGUAAUCCACCAAAAAGAGCAAAGCUAUCAAGAAACUUGGUUGCGUUGCUUAGCUAUGGAGGAGUCCCUGAUGACUUCUUUUUGAAUAUAUUGCGCAACACGUUGGAAGAGUCCAAAACCAUCUUCCACAACAAACGUGCUGCUCUUAAAGCUGCUCUUAAUUAUGGAGAUAUGGACGAUAAUAAUGCUGCACAAAUGAUUUUGGCUGGUAUCCCACUAGAGGAACCACACUUAAAGGAUCAUUUGUCUAUUCUUAUGAGUACGGAGAAGAAUGAUCUCAAAGCAGGAAGGCUUCCGGUGAGUGAAUCAUACUAUCUCAUGGGUACUGUUGAUCCUACCGGGGAGUUAAAGAAAGAUGAAGUCUGUGUCGUCCUGGAGUCUGGCCAAAUCUCAGGGAAAGUGUUAGUUUACAGGAAUCCUGGACUACAUUUUGGAGACAUACAUGUACUUAAGGCAACAUAUGUUAAGGCCAUGGAGGAGUAUGUAGGAAACUCCAAGUAUGGUGUGUUCUUCCCUCAGAAAGGUUCAAGAUCUUUGGGUGAUGAGAUUGCAGGUGGUGACUUUGAUGGCGAUAUGUAUUUCAUCUCCAGAAAUCCAGAGCUACUUGACCAUUUCAAACCGGAUGAGCCCUGGGUGAGUUUGACUCCUCCUACUCAAAGUAACUCUGCUAAAAAGCCAAGCGACCUUUCACAAGAAGAGUUGGAAGAAGAACUUUUCAAUAUGUUCUUGAAGACGAGAUUCCAUGCUAGCAAUGUUAUUGGGAUGGCUGCUGAUAGCUGGUUAAAAAUGAUGGACCAAUUCCUCACACUAGGUGUUUGAGGUGAAAAUGGUUUGAAACAAUAUAAAGAGAGAGAUGAGGGCGAACAAAGACGUUUUAUUAGAUCUGAACGAGGAGUUACAAAGAAGAGAGUAAAUCGACGGACUAGCCGGAAGUACAAGAUGGUGAGUAAACGGGAAGGUGACUAAACAGGGAGGUGACUAAACGAGAGGGUGAGUAAACCCUAGAUCUAACCACCUAAUCACUAGAAAACCCUAGAUCUAGCCGCCGAGUGAGUAUGUCGAAUUCCGGAUUCCCUUUUCC